UGGUUUCUCCACUGUAGCGUUCAGUUGGAGUGUGUCUCGUGUGUGAGAGGAGAUUUCGUCUUCACAGAGUGUGUUUGAGAGGGAGAAGAUUUCUCUGAUUUUUGUCAGUCGACAUGGAUCGUCUGGACAGAAGGCUGGCAGUGACUCUUCUCCUCUUCUCAUUCAUCUCUUUCUCCACUCAGAAAACCUCCGUCUCCUGGUGUGUGGUGUCGGAGGCAGAGGAGCAGAAGUGUCUGGAUCUGGCUGGGAGUGCUACAGCCCGGAAUAUCAGAGGAACGCUGCUGUGCGUCCGUGGCCAGAGUCCCACAGACUGUAUGGAGAAGAUCAAGAAUGGUACAGCGGAUGCAGCAGCCAUGUUUGCUGAUGACAUCUACACAGCUGGCUGGUGCUUUGGACUAGAACUGGCUGCUGGAGAGUCUUACAACGGACUGGAUGGUAUCAGCUACUAUGUUGUAGCUCUGGCUCGUCGCUCCUCCAGUGACCUGUCCCUGUUGGAGAUGCAUGAACGCAGCUCCUGUCACCCAGGGAUCCGUACCACGGUGGGCUGGACUGUUCCUAUUGGCUUCCUGGUCAACACCUCACAGAUCAGUGUCGAUGAACAAUGCAACUUUCCUAAAGCGGUGGGGGACUUCUUUGGCUACAGCUGUGUACCAGGAGUAAAGGACAGAGAACACGACCCCAGAGGAAGCAACCCUAAGAACCUGUGUGAAGCCUGCAUAGGAGACGACAACGAGAGACAUAUAUGUGUUAACAACCACCGAGAGAGACACUAUGGAGAGGCUGGGGCACUGAGGUGUGUGGCUGAGAAUUUGGGCGAUGUGGCAUUUGUCAAACACACCACCAUUUCUGACAACAUGGAUGGCAACAAUAUGGAAUCAUGGGCCAUGGACCUGGAACUGGAGGACCUGAAGCUGCUGUGCCCGGAUGGCAGUGAGGCUGGGCCGUUUGACCAUGAGACGUGUCACCUGGCUGUGGUACCAGCUAACGCUGUGGUGGUACGCCUAGAGGACAAGUGUAGAGUCUGGAAAUACCUGGAACGCCUACAGAAUGUGUUUGGGAACACCACCAUGUUCAGCUCAGUGGGCUACACCCAAUCAGAUCUCCUGUUUUCUGACUCCACCCACCACCUGCUCAGGGUUGUGGGUAGUUACACUUCCUGGUUGGGUCCUACAUACACCACGGUCCUGCAGGCCUUCGAGUGUGAAAGUUUGUGCUGAUCCUUCUAGAAAGAAAUCAACCAGCAUCCUCUCUAUCUCUCCACAUCUUUCUUUCCCUCCCUCCAUAUCUUAUCCCCCCUUCCCUCCAUGCCCCCUCCCUCCCUCCCUCCCUCCCUACAUCCUGCCUACAUGCCCCCUCCCCUCCCUCCCUACAUCCUGCCUACAUGCCCCCCUCCCCUCCCUCCCUCCAUCCCUACAUCCUCCCCUCACCCCCUUCCCUCCCUACAUAGAUAUCCGGAGUGUUUAUUUCCUCCCACACAGUUCCAGUAGUCACUUUUCCUCCUAUAAAAAAUAUCAAUGUCAUUAACUCAGUGUGUGUGUGUGUGUGUGUGUGUGUGUGUGUGCCCUUGGUUCACUGCGUUCCCACGGUUGGUAUAGAAAACCACCAUGCUAGUCACUCUACACCUGACAGAGAGGGGAUUACAGCUGUAAGUCACCACCAGACACUAAUCUAAGGUCAGGUUCAUGUUUUUAACCAUAAUGGUUCAUGUUCCAUUUUGGUAAGGUAAGCUGAUCCUAGAUCUGUGCUAAAAUAGGAACUUCUACCCAGAGCAUUAAUCCAUGAUACUCUAUACACAGCAAUUCAAACAAAUGCUGACUGCGUUAAACCAUGUCUCCAGAGUGAUUUGAUUGACCUGGAAGGUGAUGAAAUAUUGGAGAUGUGAUAAGAUGUUUGAAGCCACUGAAAUUAUGUUUGUGCUGUAAAUCAUUGAAUGAACAGGAUUUUUUUUUAAAUUAUAUCAUUUCUUCUGGAGAAUGUUCUCUCUAUCAAAACAAUUCCUUAUGACCUCUAUAUUUUGUUAAUGUUGUACCCGUAGAGUAACUCACUCUACGGAGGUAUAUUGGUGCUGUGACACUACAGUAUUUUCUGUCUAUCUUCAGGAUAUAAAUUGUUCUAAAGAGACCUGUGUGUAAAUACUCUUCACCUGCUUGUAUUUGUAGUUCUGCAACCUCUU